CUUUAAAAUACUGCACCUCUGUCCUGUCACUUUGUAAAGAUUAGUGCCUUUAGUCGGUUUGCUUCUUUCCGUCCAUGUAGAAACCCCACAGUAAGACGUUCAUGCAUAACGGUCCGUUAUGUUGUCCUUUGUUUGCCACAGAUGUGGGACAAACCAGUUGGAGACCUGCCGCGUUCCCGUGUGCGCGCAGCUGCUAUUAGAGGAAGCUUGGAAGUAAAAGAGGUGGAAACAGGAAAAAGUCUCCUGUGCCCUCUGUAGUUCCCUUCGUAGGGUUCUUGUUCAGAUUUCCUCCCAGUUCUCACAGGGGCCCUGUGUUGCCUUCCUCCUCCUCUUCCUCCUCCUCCUCGGAAGCGGGAUGUGAUGUAAAAACACAGCAACUUUUUUUGCUCCUGUGUCGUUGGAGAGAGCAGAAGUCCUUCUUCCGAUACUCAGUUGAGGCCGAAGCCGUAAAAGAAGUGAAGGCAGCUCCACGGGGACGCAGCGCACAGAUCCAGUGGUUCGUCUCCUCCACCAUGCGCCUCUGAGCCGCUCCGUCUGCCUCCGACACCAAAGUCCAGAGCUGCCGGACCGGACUGCGAGGAAAACGCGUCAUCCCGAGAGGAGCUCGCUGCUGUUGUGGAUCCGGAGGGAACCUGCGGACAGAGAUGUAGCGUAUGUGUUGGCGUGACCGGCGGACCAUCAUGCACCUCUUCCUGCUGCUGAUCCUUCAAGCUACAGCAGCCUCUGGGCAAAUCGACCCCGCACACUGUCGCUAUGCCUUGGGCAUGGAAGAUAAACGGAUUAAAGACGAAGACAUCACAGCGUCCAGUCAGUGGUACGAGACCACGGGGCCACAGUAUGCCAGGUUGAAUCGUGAGGAGGGAGACGGCGCCUGGUGUCCUGAAGGACUGGAGCCUUCAGACACCCAGUACCUGCAGGUGGACCUGGGCCGGCUGACCUUCCUGACAGUGGUCGGGACUCAGGGACGAUACGCCAGAAACUCCGGAAAUGAAUUUGCUCGAUAUUACCGGCUCAACUACAGCAGGGACGGCCUGCUGUGGAAGUCCUGGAGGAACCGGCUGGGGAUCAUGGUGAUGGAGGGCAACAAGAACACAUACGCCUCUGUCAUCAACGACAUCCACCCUCCGAUCAUCACCCGCUACAUCCGUGUGAUCCCAGUCACCAAGCUGUCCACCACCGUUUGCAUGAGGGUGGAGCUGUACGGCUGUUCCUGGGAUGAGGGUCUGAUCUCCUACAGCGCUCCAGAGGGUCAGCUCAUGAUGCAGCCCGGUUAUCCCUUCGCCAACCUCAACGACUCCACGUAUGACGGAGUGCAUGAGAAGAGGAGGCUGUUUGACGGGCUGGGUCAGCUGACAGACGGCGUGAUUGGCCUGGACGACUUCCUCCGGACCCGCCAGUUUAGCGUGUGGCCAGGCUAUGACUACCUGGGCUGGAGGAACGAGUCGCUGGGAAUGCAAGGAUAUGUGGAGAUGGAGUUUGUGUUUGACAGACAGAGGAACUUCACCUCUAUGAAGGUGCACAGUAACAACAUGUUCACCCAUGGUGUGAAGAUCUUCUCCUCCGUCUCCUGCUGGUUUAAGCCCCGGCUCAUUGCCGGCUGGGAGCCAGAGGCCGUGACUUUCAACACGGUGUUGGACGACAGGAACCCCAGUGCCCGUUACGUCACUGUGCCGCUGAACUGCCGCGCUGCCAAAUCCCUCCGCUGCCGCUUUUUCUUCGCCGACGUCUGGAUGAUGUUCAGCGAGAUCUCCUUUCAGUCGGAGGACACCAUACUCCCGACCCAGGCGCCCCUGUUGGUGACUGCAUCUCCAGCCCCUGAGGAGGGCACCAUCACAGCCACACCAAAGACCACAGUCAGUCCAUCAGCCAGUGAUCCGCCUGACGACGGGAACACACCCGUUCUGAUUGGCUGCCUGGUGACCAUCAUCCUCCUGUUGGUCAUCAUCAUCUUCCUCAUCCUCUGGUGCCAGUACGUCUGCAAGGUGCUGGAGAAGGCUCCUCGUCGGAUCCUUGAAGAGGAGGUGACAGUUCGACUGUCAUCCUGCAGUGACACCAUCAUCCUCCAGACCCCCCCUGUGCCCCCCCGCUCCGGACACGCCCCUACAGGCCCUGCCAACGCUGACCCUCACUAUGAGAGAGUGUUCCUGUUGGACCCGCAGUACCAGAACCCGGCGGUGCUGAGAAACAAGCUGCCGGAGCUGUCGCAGAGUGCCGAGGCCUCAGCGUGUGGAGGAGGCUACGCCGAGCCCGACGUCACCCAGUGCACGCCGCACCAGUGUUUCCACAGCAAUGCGCCACACUACGCUGAGACGGACAUCGUGCGGCUGCAGGGCGUCACCGGAAGCAACAUGUAUGCUGUCCCUGCCCUCACCGUGGACUCGCUCACCAGGAAGGACAUUUCUGCCGCCGAGUUCCCACGGCAGCAGCUGAUCUUCAGGGAGAAGCUGGGGGAGGGGCAGUUUGGAGAGGUCCACCUGUGUGAGGCCGAGGGACUCCCAGAAUUCCUUGGGGAAGGAUCACCCCUCCCUGAAAGAGACGGCCACUCAGUGCUGGUGGCUGUUAAACAGCUGAGGGCUGAUGCCACCAGUCAAGCCAGGAACGACUUCCUGAAGGAAAUAAAGAUCAUGUCUCGUCUGAACGACCCUAACAUCAUCCGGCUGCUGUGUGUGUGCGUGUCGUCCGACCCACUGUGCAUGGUGACCGAGUACAUGGAGAACGGAGACCUCAACAUGUUCUUGUCUCAGCGGGAGAUCGAGAGCACGCUGACGCACGCCAACAACAUCCCUUCAGUCAGUCUGUCCGACCUCCUCCACAUGUCGGUGCAGAUCUCGUCGGGGAUGAAGUAUCUGGCGUCUCUGAACUUCGUGCACCGUGACCUGGCCACCAGGAACUGCCUGCUGGACCGCCGCCUCACCAUCAAGAUCGCCGACUUUGGGAUGAGCCGAAACCUGUACAGCAGCGACUACUACCGCAUCCAGGGCCGGGCGGUGCUGCCCAUACGAUGGAUGGCCUGGGAAAGCAUCCUGCUGGGUAAGUUCACCACAGCCAGUGAUGUCUGGGCGUUUGGCGUCACCCUGUGGGAGAUCUUCACGCUGUGUAAGGAGCAGCCCUACAGCCUGCUGUCCGACGAACAGGUCAUAGAGAACACUGGCGAGUUCUUCAGGAACCAGGGCAGACAGAUCUUCCUCUACGCCCCUCCGCUAUGCCCCCCCUCUCUCUUUGAGCUGAUGAUGCGUUGCUGGAGUCGCGACAUCCCCGAUCGACCCACCUUCGAGGGACUUUACCAAGCCCUGAGGCCCCAUGUCAACCAGUGAGCCGAGGCUGCUGGGACGAACCACUCGGGCUUUCCUCAGAGGAAGGUUUGUCCAUCUCUGGACUCCUUUAGGACGACGCUGACACAAGAAGACUGAGGACUGGAACUGCAUUACAAGAGAGAGUUACUGUCAGGGGUAAGGGAAACUGCUUUGGUCACAGGUUGGUAAGAGCAGCAUGCUGUUCUGAGAGACGGGAUGGAGGUGGCAAGACCAAAGGCUGGUCAACGCAGAGGACAGAUCCAACCCUUUCAGUCCGUAGCAAGCAAAGAUUUCUAAUCUUCUAAAACCAUUUCUGUUCACUUUCACAGCUUCAUCCACCUCUUUUUGUGUUACAGUGGUGCCGUAAACUUUCCUCUACUUGACUUUUAAGGGUACCAGGACCUGGACAGGUGCAUCAGCCCUGGUAGUUUCUCCUGUCUCUGUGGUUUUUAUUAUUAUUAUUGGAAAGCACUGUGCCUGUCUCUCUCAGUUAUUCAUGUUCUUAUAUUAACCCACACUGGAGCUAGGGUUAGGGUUAAACUGUAGUGUAGGAUUUUAUUUCUAGAUUUUUAUUCUAUUUUAUUUUACUAGUUUUACCGUAUUUGCCUUGUUUUGUUGUGAACAUGAAUGUUGUUCAGCUGAAGGUCACCGUGCCACGAGGCCGCGCUGUCUGUGGUUCACAGGCUGAAGGUCAGUCGGCGGGUACCUGUGGGGGACUGGGUAAGGACCAGGAUCGGAGGCACACUGAAACUAACAGAUAAAAACUGAGUUGUGCCUUUUUGUUAGUGAUGAAACAAUAUCAUGAUUACAUGUAAUUACUCACUUCGAGGAGCGAGGACUGAUCAGUUAAGGGAGAUGUGAUGUACCCUUUGUCUGACCCCCUGGGACAGAUGGAGCCAUCACCUCUCACUGCGUUAACCAGCCAGUCACAGCUGCACCAUCCCUAAUGCCCCCAAGAAGAUACAUGUAAGAAAAUAUCCUUUUUAUAAAUAUUCCUUUUUCUGCCAUCAGAGGGGGCGGUGUGGCCGGUCGAGUGCUCCUUGAAGUCCAUACUGGUUUGGCAUUGCAUAGCAUUCAGAAGAGUCUAGUUUACAGAACUAAUGCAGCAGAGAACAAAAUGAAUACCGAGCUGUGGACUUCACUGAUUAGAUUAGACUCAACUUUAUUGUCAUUACACAUGUACAAGGCUACUUCUGGCAAACGUCAGAAAAUGUGGAAAAAUAAGUGAUGAUGAUGAUUAUUUCUUCAUACAUGUACUCCAGCAUAGCAAGUGUCAGAAGGACGGGAACAGUUUCAGUAAAGCUGAACUCCUCCACAAAGAGACAGUUAGGAGACAGGAGGGGACGAUACAAAUCAACCUCUGGAGUAAGAAGUGCUCAUCUUUUGUCCUAAACAUUUGAACUAAUUGUUAACCUGUUAGUGGCCAAGCUAGUGUUAGCCAGACAGCUUCAGCUUGGGGAGUCAAGGCAAGUUUAUUUGUUAUAUUUCAUGCUUUACCUCGUGACCUGAAAGCAUUUAAAAUGCAAACUAAAAGAAGGGAAAACUAAAGUAAACCAACCAAAACUAAGAAAAUGAAAAAGUCUAGCCUAUUAGCUGUUGGCUCACCACCUACACUAUUUCACCAAACACUUAAUGUUUGCAGUGGCGCAGGACAUUUCCAUUUCUGACAUUUCACAAUUUUAAGCUGCUCAGCUGAGGCCAGUGUGCAAACAGGUGUGUAGUUUAAAUAAAUAGUUAAAAGGUUAAAGGGGACAAAACAAAUCAGCAUCACCUUCACAGACAUGAGGAAAGACCAAACAGGUUUGAGAGCAUGUUUUUGAGUGUUGUUGUUACAGUAAUGUUUUGUUAUCUGUACUGUACAUGUCUGAGUGUGUGUGUGUGUGUGUGUGUGUGUGUGUGAGAUCUAGAGAAAAUGAGGUGUGCAAAUGUUUCCAACAUUCCUUUGAGCACUGGGAGCUUUGGGCUUUAAGUGGUUUUAACCAGAGUUUCUUUGUUGUGACAGAUGUUGUGCUUUAAAUUAGAAGAUUUUUUUUAAACGAGAGGGAAAAGGUAGGAAGUCAGGAAAGCACUAAACUCAAUCUCCCAGAGUCCUUUGCUACAGUGAGCCUGUGUAUUUUGUUGUGGGUUCUAUUAGAGAGGUUGGCGAGUCUUGUAGUUUGAUAGUGUACAGUAUAAGUGAUCUAUAAUAUCUCAGUGUGUGAAUGCAGAUUAGGUGUGAUAAUUGUUAUUGAUAAUUAAUUAGCUAUCAGAAUCUAUUAAUUAUUUCUCUCUUUACUUC